UCUUCCCUUCCCUGCCCCCGAGCUCGCUCCUUCCUUCCCUUCCUUCCCCAUUUGAUCCCCCCUCCCUCCGACCUCGCCCCGGCCCCUCCUCCGCCGCGCUUCCCAUAGCCCCCGCCGCCGCCGCGGCAUUCCUUAUUAGCUCGUUGGCGCGUGGCUCCGCGCGCGGUUUUCCCCUGUCGACGACCCAUCCGGGCUUUAAGCUCUCUCCCAGCUCGGGGCGGCGCGAGCGAGGAUCGCGGGAUCUCGUCGUGGGGUUGGAACCGAGGGAGAACGCGAGGCUUUGUAGCACCUGCUCCUGACCACGGCUUAUUUUAUGGGUGAAGAGGCUCCUGAGUUCCGUGUUGACAACAUCACCUUGGAGUCCAAGGAUUGCGAACAGAAUGCCAUAGACCUUGGCAACAAGACAUAUGUAAUCGGCAGAUCAGAUGAUGACUCGAAGUCAUCCUUUGGCAUUAAAAUUCUGGAUAAACAAACUCAGACCUGGGUUGUACCGACAGUACUUGGGGCUCAGCCUCCAACCAAGUCGCACUCAGCAAUUCUUAUAAAUGAUGAGAAGAUAUUGGUUCUUGAGAAGGGUGUUUCAUUGAAUGAUUCCAUCUGGUUCCUUGAGAUAGAUACACCCUUUGUUAAACAACAGCGGAAAAUCAAGGGUGGAGAAGUUGUUUCCUGGAGCAAGGGAGUACUCGGCGUUGCCGAAAAGCCAGUUGUGAUUAGCGGGCCUUCUGGUGUUGGUAAAGGGACGUUAAUAGCAAAAUUGAUGAAAGAGUACCCAUCAAAAUUUGGGUUUUCUGUUAGCCACACUACGAGGUCUCCAAGGGUGAAGGAAACAGAUGGAGUGCACUACCACUUCACAGGACGAAGCAAAAUGGAACAAGAUAUAAGUGAGGGAAAAUUUCUCGAAUUUGCUCAUGUCCAUGGAAAUCUCUAUGGAACAAGUAUUGAAGCAGUUGAAUCUGUUACUGAUGAGGGGAAGAGGUGUAUUCUUGACAUUGAUGUCCAAGGAGCUCGAUCUGUGAGGGCUUCUUCUAUUGAAGCAAUAUUCAUCUUUGUAUGCCCUCCGUCGUUCGAGGAACUAGAGAAGCGCCUUCGGGCACGGGGUACAGAAACAGAGGAGCAAAUCCAGAAGCGACUGAGAAAUGCUCGUGCUGAGCUUGACCAGUCCAAUUCACCAGGUCUUUUCGACCAUCUUUUAGUAAAUGAUGACCUUGAAACUUGCUAUGAGAAUUUGAAGAAGCUGCUUUCAUUGGAUGAUGACCAUGAAGAUUCAGAUGAUUGUUGCAUGAAGGAUGGCAAGACAACCGCAUGUUAUUCUAUCCUGUCCAAAACUGAUUCAGAAAUUUUGUUGCAAUCUGAGACCAAUGAAGUAGAAAAAGGAGCUGCAAGCUUGCUAGCGCUGGACUUGUCCUCCCUCACAGGAGGUGCUCCUGGACGUACAAGGGGCCUCAAGAUACAGUCAGUUAACUCAAUUGACAAUGGUUUGAAGGGAAUUAGAUGACCCAAAAUGUUCCUGGAAACGAUAUGGCAGAAGUGCUGACCGAUGAAUUUUGGAUCUAUUAGUGAGAGAUGACAGCUUCAGAAACAUCUUAGUUAGAGAAAAAAGGAAACAAAAAGUGGAAUUUCUUUCCGUUUAUUAAUUGUUUGCCACAGGGUUCCUUAGUUCUUUGUACCAGAAUGACGUGAAACCAUACCGAGGGAUUGUACCUUAUUGUUGAGGGAUUGUGUACCUUACUAUCUUAUCUUUGUUCGGUAAAGAAAAUGAUGAGAACCUAUCUAAACCUGUUUGUCAGUCAAGAAUGAAGAAUUCCUGGGAUGCUA